GCGAGCAGAGUUGAAGACAAACACAGACUGUGUGAUGGCUGAAGGGCAGAGAAGACCAGGAAGACAAAUGCCUCCGCCUGGAAGGGGUCCGCCACCGCCUCCCCCGGCCAAGCCCGCCGCCCCUCGCCUUGAACCUGUUGACCGCGAGAAGACCUGUCCAUUGUUGCUCCGCGUUUUCACCAAGGUUGGAGGCCAUCAUUCCGAUGAAGAUUUUGCAGUGAGAGGGAAGGAACCGAAAGAUGAGGUCCAAAUUUAUACAUGGAUGGAUGCAACUUUGCGUGAAUUAACUGAUCUGGUUAAAGAGGUAGCUCCAGAAGCGAGAAGAAGAGAUGCUAUCCUGUCCUUUGCUUUCGUGUAUCCUGAUAAACGUGGUCGUUUUGUGGUCAGAGAGGUGGGGAGAACCUUUUCUUACCCGAAUGGGAGGAGGCCUGACAGUGGAAGCAAAGCCUUGGGUGACCUUAGCUUUCAGAUAGGUGAUUACUUGGAUGUCGCAAUUCUUACCCAGUAACAGAUGCUGCUCUUAUCCUCGUUUGAUUCAUUGCAUACAUGUAGUGAGUUUAACCAUGCCAUUUUUGUAAUAUGAUCCUCAACCAAGGGGCGACAUCUACAAAAAAGUCCACUUCUGUAUGCUAAUGAUUGUUGGGAGUAGCUCCUCCUGGGUAUGAUUUGGUGUGUUUUUAUUCCCUAGUUGUACUGCAUCCGGUGGUAAUUUAUAUGGGAGUUGCCUCGUCUUUCCUAAAUAUAUCUUCCGUCUCCUAGAGUUGCUAAGUUGCUAUA